AUGCCGUCCAAGGUGCGGAAGCUCACGAAGCAAUCGACGGCGUCACAGGGACGCGCAAAGAGCGAAGAACUCGGGGACGGCCACUUUACUACCAACAUCAACCAGCGCACUGGGCGUCCGAUCAGGAAGUCAGCUGGCAGAAAGUCACUGAACCCGGGCUAUCUAGAUUCAUUCGAGGUCAUCGAGGAUCAUCAAGAGGAUACGGCGUCAGACGAUGAGUACGACGAAGAUGAAGAGAUCACCUUGAUCACGCGACCGAAAAAGGCACUCAAUUCGGUCAUCAGGUUGCGAAAACGCGCCCGCACACCAACACCAUCGCCGUCGCCACCACCGCUAUCACCGAUGCAUCCUCCUGACUUGCCCACACAGGAGGAUGGAGCUUCACCAUCUCAAUCUGAGAGCGAGUUGGAAGCUCUUACAGAUGAUUACCAGCCUAUCACGAUUACCCUCAAUAUUCCCCCCGGCCAAGAAGGCCCCAUCCAUCUUCAUCUGAAUGUCGCAGACUUGCUCAGAGGAAGAUCCGCCACGCGGAACAUCGCAUCAAAGCCUCAGAGCACAAGACGGCGCGUCAGGACUCCUCGAGAUCGGACCUCCGGCGCCAAUGGCCUCACAACCCCUCAGAGCAAGGCCGCGGAUGACAACAAGGUGGGAUUCCUAGAUCUACCAUCUGAACUUCGAAACAUCGUGUAUCGUCACUUGUUCGUUGUGAAGAAUCCAUUCGACUUCAACAAACCAUCAAACUUCUGCCGUUCAUCCGCUUUCCUUGCAACGUGCAGGCAGGUCUAUGAGGAGGGCCGCAGCAUCCUGUACGGGGAGAACUCCUUCGCUUUUGAGCGGAACAAGAUGUCCAGGUCGCAUUACUGGGAGGCCGACCACAAGGAGAUUGGAUACAAGGACAUGCGACGCUUCCUCGAGAGCAUCGGCAACACGAACCUCGCCCAUAUCCGCGAGAUGUGCAUCUGGUUCGACGACGGCGUACCUUCGACCACGCCCCAUCUCCAGAACGCUGAGGCUCGCCGCUUCGUGCAUGAUCCCCACAUCAUCGAAUGCCUGCGCAAGAUCUCGCGGCACGCCAAACUCAAGAAGCUCAGGCUUUGCUUCCACGGACGGAAGAUGCUGGCGAAGACAGACUACCGCUUUCUCAAGGCUCUCAAGGAGAUCAAAGCCGAUACGGUCAGCAUCGUCAGCCACCCGCGCUCGGACAAUUACUACUGGGGCCCGCCGAAAAUCCAGCCGGAUCUCAAGACGCAGCUUGUCAAGGAUAUGACGCGGGAAGAGAAGUUGUACGAGACUGAAAAGGAAAAAGAGAAGGAGAUGCAGAAGGCGAAGGAGCGAGACGAACAAAAGAAGAAGCUGAUGGAAAAGUACGGAGACUGGUACAGUUACGAGACUCUGCUCACUCUGGAUGGGCGAAACGAAUGA